AUGGCCUCUCCCUUUUAUCGACUUUUCCUGGUUGUCAGCGUCUGUGCUCCAGUCUACUGUGUGCCCCCAUCCAGUGGCCCCUGCCGUUCCCCCACAAGGAACACCGCUACCCCCUGGGUAUCUUCCAGCAACACCAACUUUGCCUUCCGCCUCUACCGGAUGCUGGUUUUGAAGACUCCGGAUCAGAACGUCUUCUUCUCCCCGCUGAGUAUCUCCGCUUCCUUGGCCACGCUCUCCCUCGGGGCCCGCUCAGCCACCAAGACCCAGAUCCUCCAAGGCCUGGGGUUCAACCUCACACACGAGCCAGAAUCCACCAUCCACCAGGCCUUCCAGCACCUGCUCCACUCACUCAGUGUCCCCAGCAAAGGCCUAGACUUGAGGAUGGGAAGCGUCCUCUUCAUCAAAAAGGAGCUGCACCUACAGACAAAUUUCUUGGACGACGUCAAGAGGCUGUAUGAUUCGAAGGUCUUUUCUACAGAUUUCUCCAGCACCUCCACCGCCCGGAAGAGAAUCAACAGCUAUGUGGAGAAGGAGACCAAAGGGAAGGUUGUAGACUUAAUCCAAGACCUUGACCCUCUGACGGCCAUGGUCCUGGUGAACCCCGUUUUCUUUAAAGCCAAGUGGGAGAAGCCCUUUCACCCUGGAUAUACAAGAAAGAGCUCUCCGUUCCUGGUGGGCCAGGGGGCCACUGUGAAGGUCCCGAUGAUGCACCAGGUGGAACAAUUUGCUUUUGGGGUGGAUCCGAAGCUGAGCUGCUCUGUACUACAGAUGGGCUACAGUGGCAACACCGUGGCGUUCUUUGUCCUCCCUGGCCAGGGCAAGAUGAGGCAGCUGGAACAGGCCUUGUCAGCCAGGACACUGAGGCGAUGGAGCCUCUUACUCCAGAAGAGGUGGAUAGAGGUGUUCAUUCCGAAAUUUUCCAUUUCUGCCUCCUAUGACCUGGAAACCAUCCUCCCGAAGAUGGGCAUCUGGGAUGCCUUUAAUAAUAAUGCUGAUUUUUCUGGAAUCACAAAGACAGACUUCCUGCAGCUUUCCAAAGUUGCCCACAAGGCUGUGCUGGACGUCAGCGAGGAGGGGACCGAGGCCGCAGCAGCCACCGCCACCAAGCUCAUAGUCCGGUCAAAGGACAGCCCCUCUUACACCGUCAUCCGCUUCAAUAGGUCCUUCCUGCUGCUGCUGAUAAACAAAGCCACAGAGGCCAUUCUCUUCCUAGGGAAAGUUGAAAAUCCAACUAAAUCCUAG